CGCUCGCGUGACGUCAUGUAGCUCCUGCCGCUCCUGCCGCAAGAUACGACGAGGAGAAGGAGGUGCACGCGAUCUCCCUCCCCCCACCAACCCCCCAAUCUUGCCGGAUCCCCUCCGCCGGUACCGCCGGCACAGCCGCCACCGCCCGCUAUGCACCGCUGCGGCCAGUGCGAGUACAGCACCAGCUACCGUGGCCACAUGGAGGUCCACCGCCGAAAGCACACGGGAGAGAAGCCCUUCAAGUGCGCCUCGUGCGACAAGUCGUUCGUCCACCUGGGCCACCUCCACCGGCACCAACGCUCGCACUCGGGCGAGAAGCCGUACCGCUGCGACGCGUGCGGAAAGACCUUCACGCAGUCGGGCAACCUUCACAACCACCGGCGCAUCCACACGGGCGAGCGUCCCUUCAAGUGCGCCGUGUGCGGCAAGGCCUUCAGCCAGACGGGCAACCUGCACAACCACCUCAUGACACACAUGGAGGAGAAGCCGUACAAGUGCGCCGUGUGCGGCAAAGGCGCGAUGUCGGACGAGAAGAAGCUGCUGCAGUGCCCCCUGUGCAAGUGGGUGCUCAUCAGCCACGCGGCGCUUCAGGACCACAUGAAGCAGCACGGACGGCGGACCGAGGAGUACUACCAGUGUGGGUGGUGCUCCUACAGCAUCUACUGCCGGCGCACGCUCAGCAACCACGAGAGGAUGCACACGGGCGAGAAGCCAUACAAGUGCGCUACGUGCGGCAAGGUUUUCACGCACUCCGGCUCCCUCAGAAUGCACGAGAAGUCGCACACCUCCGAGAGUAGCUACGAGGGCCCCGUGCGCGCCAAGGUCUUCGCCAGCCCGGAGAGCGUUCGGAGCGAGAAGCCGUUCGAGUGCGACGCGUGCGACAAGGCGUUCGCGCGCGCCAAGGACCUGUGCAGCCACCAAAGGGUUCACCUUUGUAAGAAGAAAGGCUACAAGUGCAAGCGAUGCGAGAGGUCGUACACAAUGUUGAGCAACCUCCGUACGCACGAGAAGACGCACGCCGACGACGCGCCGCACGCUUGCGGCGAGGAGUUCACGGAGCUGGACAGACUACGUCGGCACGAAAGGUCUCACAAGGACAAGGAGCAGAAGCCACUGCUGUGUGCAGAGUACGGCGAGGCGUUCAUGGAACUGGACAGCCUGCGUCGGCACGAGAGGACUCACAAGGACACGGAGCAGAAGCCACUGCUGUGUUCAGAGUGUGGCGAGGCAUUCAAGGAGCUGGACAGCCUGCGUCAGCACGAGCGGUCUCACAAGGAGCAGAAGCCACUGCUGUGUUCAGAGUGCGGCGAGGAGUUCACGGAGCUGGACAGACUGCGUCGGCACGAGAGGUCUCACAAGGAGCAGAAGCCACUGCUGUGUUCACAGUGUGGUGAGGCAUUCACGGAACUGGACAGCCUGCGUCGGCACGAGAGGUCUCACAAGGAGCAGAAGCCACUGCUGUGUUCACAGUGUGGUGAGGCAUUCACGGAACUGGACAGCCUGCUUCAGCACGAGAGAACUCACAAGGACAAGAAGCCACUGCUGUGUUCAGAGUGCGGCGAGGCGUUCACGGAGCUGGAUAGCCUCCAUCGGCACGAGAUGGCUCACAAGGAGCAGAAGCCACUGCUGUGUUCAGAGUGCGGCGAGGCGUUCACGGAGCUGGACAACCUGCGUCAACACGAGCGAUCUCACAAGGAUCAGAAGCCUGGCUGCACGUGCCUCGCAAAGGCGCGCGACCCGCCAGCCGGCCGCACGGCCUUCUGGGGAGGGCGCCAGGCGACGAGCCGAGAACCUCGUUCGCUGGGCUCCCAGAUCCGCGUCGCUGGGCGACACGAGGCAGCAAUGACGGCGACCGCCGCCGAUCGCGCGACGGCCGCGUCCGAGAGCGCCUCACCGAAGGCGCACGGUAGAAGACGACCCCGGCGUGGCGGGAGACUCGACGCCGCCAUGCACCGCUGCGACGAGUGCCCGUACAGCACGGACAAGCGCAGCCGCCUCACCGUCCACCGGCGCACGCACACCGGCGAAAAGCCCUACGGCUGCCCGGUGUGCGGCAAGGCCUUCGCCGACACGACGGCCCUCUGCCGGCACCGCAGCACGCACAGCGACGACAAGCCGCACGCGUGCGCCCUCUGCGGCAAGUCCUUCCGCCUGCCGGCUCACCUCGAAAUCCACGGAAGGACUCACACGGGCGAGAAGCCCUACAGCUGCGACGCUUGCGGCAAGACGUUCUCUCGCUCGGGCGGCCUCCACCGCCACCGCCGGGUGCACACGGGCGAAAAGCCCUUCGCGUGCUCCGUGUGCGGCCGGGCCUUCAAGCACUCGGGCGACCUGCGGAUACACGGGCGCACGCACACCGGCGAGAAGCCCUACCGCUGCGGCGUCUGCGGCAAGGGCUUCUCGCAGUUCGGCGGCCUCUACAGCCACCGGAGCACUCACACGGGCGACAGGCCGCACGUGUGCACCGUGUGCGGCGGCGCCUUCGCCCGGCCGGGAAACCUCGCGCGGCACCGUAGGACGCACGCCGGCGAGAGGCCGCACUCGUGCGCCGAGUGCGGCCGAGCCUUCGCCACGGCGGGGGAGCUGCACGUGCACGGGCGCACGCACACGGGCGAGAGGCCGUACGCGUGCGACGAGUGCGGACGUGCGUUCGCGCAGUGGGGGGCCCUGCAGAGCCACCGCAGUGUGCACACGGGGGCCCGGCCCCACGGCUGCCCGGCUUGCGGGAAGAGCUUCGCCAAGGCGGGCGACCUGCGGAGGCACCGGCGGACGCACACGGGCGAGAAGCCGUACCGGUGCGAGAAGUGCGGCAAGUCGUUCUCGCAAUCGGGGACGCUGCACGUCCACCGCAGGACGCACGAGGGCGAGCGGCCCUACAAGUGCGCGCUGUGCGGGAAGCGCUUCACGCAGUCGGGGACGCUGCACAGCCACCGGAGGACUCACCGCGGGGAGGCGAGGCCCCGGCGCGGGAAGGGGCUGUCCGGCGUUCCGGGCCGCGCCCCCGGAGAGGAGGGUUCCGGCGGGCGCGCCGCGCCGGGGAGGGAGGCUGCGCCGUCGGGGGGGAGCGACGCCGGGUCGCCGCCACCGCCGGCGGCGGUGUCGCUCGUCGUCAAGGAGGAACGCGAAGAUGAAGACGUCGCUGCUGAGGGAGACGCAUGGCUGGGGGAGCGCGUGGACGGUAGUCCCCGCAGCGACGGGGAAGAGCUGCUGCUGGCCGUGAAGACGGAGCGUCGCGACGACGAGAAAUUCGCCCUCGGCGCGGACCGCCGGGUGAUCGGCCCUGGCGAGGAGGAGGUGUCCCUUCCCUCGACUGGCACCGAAUUGGAGGGCGUGGGACGUGCACAGGAGUAG